CAAGCUCCCUCGCCGAGCGUUUGGAGACGCGUGGCAGCGAGGACCCGGAGGACAGCCGUGCUGCCCGGUGACCGAGAUGCAGCACGCCCCAGCCCCAAGCCCAGCGUGAGGUGGCAGAAAUGGCCCUGAGCCCGGAGCCUGUGACCAGGGUCCCUGUGCUGGCUACGACGGACAGCCCAGUGCCCGAGCCACCUGGUAGCCCCAACGUCUCCCUCAACAGCUCGUGGGCCAGCCCGACGGAGUCCAGCUCUCUGGAGGACCUGGUGGCCACGGGUACCAUCGGGGCGGUGCUCUUGGCUAUGGGCGUAGUGGGCGUGGCGGGCAACGUGUACACACUGGUGGUCGUGUGCCGCUUCCUGCGUGCCUCGGCCUCCAUGCACGUGUACGUUGUCAGCCUGGCCCUGGCCGACCUGCUGUACCUGCUCAGCAUCCCUUUCAUCGUGGCCACCUACAUCACCAGGGAGUGGCACUUUGGCGACGUGGGCUGCCGCGUCCUUUUCAGCCUGGACUUCCUGACCAUGCACGCCAGCAUCUUUACCCUGACCGUCAUGAGCAGCGAGCGCUACGCCGCUGUGCGCCGGCCGCUGGACACAGUUCAGCGCUCAAAGGGCUACCGUAAGCUGCUGGCGCUGGGCACAUGGCUGCUGGCGCUGCUGCUGGCGCUGCCUAUGAUGCUGGCUGUCCGGCUGGUGCGCAGGGGCCCCAAGCACCUGUGCCUUCCAGCCUGGGGCCCGGGCGCCCACCGCGCCUACCUGGUGCUGCUGUUCGGCACCAGCAUCGUGGGGCCUGGCGUGGUCAUCGGGCUGCUGUACCUGCGCCUGGCACGGGCCUACUGGCUGGCCCAGCGGGCCUCCUUCCCGCAGACGCGGCGGCUGCCCAACCCCCGCGUGUUCUACCUCAUCCUGACGGUCGUGCUGCUGUUCUGGGCCUGCUUUCUGCCCUUCUGGCUGUGGCAGCUGCUGGCCCAGUACCGCGGGGCCCAGCCGCUCACACCCCGCACCGCGCGCAUCGUCAACUACGUGACCACCUGCCUCACCUAUGGCAACUCCUGCGUCAACCCCUUCCUGUACACGCUGCUCACCAGGAACUUCCGCGAGUACCGCCAGCGCCAGCGCCAGCGCCAGCGCCUGCGCGCUGGUGUCCCAGCCCUUCCGCGGUGCCACGCCCGCUUCCAGCACCACUCUGGCCCAUCACUGUCCUCUGGCAGCCAGCAGACGUCUGAGCCCAUCCGCCUGUCCCAGGAGGCCCCUGGGGCAGCCUGCGCCUGAGUGUCCUGUCCCCAGGUGGACGCUGGGGUGGGCUGGGAGUGGCCCGAGUUCUGCGGGGAGGGGCCCCAGAGUCUAGGUCACUCCCUGGAGCCCCUCCCAGCUCCCUUCCUCUGUCCUCUUCCAGAAAGUUCCCAGCUCUCCCUCCCCCAUGGCUCAUUUCAGCUCGGUCAGCCGAGCACAUUCCUCAUAUGCUCAGAAGCCCCCCAGCCCAUCUGUGAGGGUCGACAGGAGGCUCAGGCGCGCAGCCAGCACGGCGAGUCGAGCCUUCACCACCCAGAGCACUGGACAUGAGCACCCGGCCAGCGCCCACCCUGCCUCGUGGAGGACACACGCACCUGCGCGGUACCCUCUCUUGGCCGGUGCGUGGCCUCUGUGGCAC